AUGCCCUUCCAUCUCGUCCUACUGAUCUCUACGGGCGCCGCAGCGCUGCUGCAGCCUCCUCCGGCCCUCCACGGCGGCGGCUCGCGCCCAGUCGCCCUGGAGGUAAAGCGGCCUGAGCGGCAUGUGCCCGAGCGGCAUGUGCCAGCCUCGGCGGGCAUGCCCAUUGCGAUCCCAUUGCGUCCGAUCCCAUUGCGCUUGCACGCUCCGCGUGCCGGCACCGUCAUGCAGCUAUUUCCGCCACCGCGCCCGCCGCGGGUAGACGAGCUGCUCCCGCGCGGCGCGCCCUUUCGCGACGUCGAGCGCGACAUUUUCCGCUACCUCGGCGGUCUCGCGGCGGUGGGCGGCUUCGCCGCCGCACUCUUCUUCUUCCUGUCUCUGGGGGCUCUGCCCGUGAUUUUGUUGAGUGUGGGCGGGGUCGGCGCGAUCCUCUACGCCAGCAGCGCCGGCGAGGGCGCCUUCUUCGCGAGGCGCGAUGCUGAGUUUGGGUACAGUGAUGAGCCACAGUGGAGGAGAGAGGAGUGGAUGCGCGGCUGGCAACAGUCUAGUGGGCCAGACUUCCCGCCGCCGCCGCCCGGCGAGGUGCCGCCGCCAUGGGAGGGUGGCGACGAGCCGCCGUUCUGGUACUAGCGUCGCCUCCCUCCGCCCCGCGCCGUUGCGCUGACACGGGGGUUGUGGGUCUCGAGGCUGCGCAUGCCUCAUGAGGGAGCGCCACACUACUCAGUAGCACUUAUUGCUCUGGGGGGGCGCGGGGCCCAGGAGGGCGUACCCAUGCGGGGGGAGAAGCGGUCCCCCAGCCCGCCGCAGGCGCCGAUUUUCGGUAGACUUUUGACCGCGCGGUGGCUAAGGGCUCCGGCCCGCAAGAGGCGCCCGCGGUGUACGCUCUGUGAGGGUAAAUAAAUAAAUAAAUAGCAGCAUGGCAUACGAGAGCAGGAGGUGAAAGGAGGUCACACAACUUCCAAGGACGCAUGUGAGCAAUUGAAGCACAGAAAGCAGACCGAGAAGCGAGAUUUGGGCCAGGUACCAAUUUUGUCGAAUUUAUUUC